GCAUCCUAAGCAAAACAAACAUAUCUGGACCUCGACCUUUCUCUCCUACCCACCGAGAGUAACGCCACUUCUCUUUACUCCCCCCAUCAGCUUUGACUCCUCCAGGACAGUCCGUCGUCAGACCCCGUCCGAACCCCCAGUCAACCUUACCCCUCCAUGGAUCGCAUCAUGGCCCAACAACAGUCCUUUGAUUAUUAUCAACUACCGCAAAUGCCUCAGUCAAUGGUCCCUCCCGAGCUCUCUCCGCACUCCUUCUACGACACCCAGGCCGACUUCAGCGCCGACUCGGCCCCUUCCCGCGGCUCCCCCGUCUCCCCCGUCUUCCCCGCCUCCUUCCAGCUCCCCUCCGGUGGCGACUGGCCCACCGCCUACUUCGAGAAGCCGGACCUCGACGUCUUCUACGGCGAGGCUUUCGGCAGCCCAAUGUCCUUCCUCUCGUCCCAGAACCUCACCCUGAGCCCCCCGGCCAACCCCGCCGACCUCAUGUCCGACGCCGUCGCCUUCGGCCGCGAGGGCGUCAACGACAACCAGCCCGUCUUCCAGGACCUCGACGCACCCGCCCGCCCACAAAAACAACAACAACAGCAGCAGCAGCCACAGACCAAGUUGUCGCGUCCCGCCAGAACAACACCAUCCACGCCUCGCCCCCGGUCCCAGCAACAACAAGAACAACAACCGCAAAGGCAAGCUCCCCAGAGGACCUCCCCGCGCAACAAUGACCUCAAGCGCAAGUCCUCCUCCGCCUCGGCCUCCUCCCGUUCGAUCUCGCCGGAACCCCCCGCGCGCCGCACGCGGCACGCCGAGCCCUCCAGGAACCCGCACAACAUGAUCGAGAAGCGGUAUCGCGUCAACAUCAACGAGAAGAUCAUCGCCCUCCGCGACGCCGUCCCCUCACUGCGCUGCGUCGUCCAGCAGGCCGAAAACCCGCAGGUCGUCGGCGGCGGCGACAGCGACGAGCCCCAUGACGUGGUCGAGGAGCUCGGCGGCCUCAUGCCCGCCCGCAAGCUCAACAAGGCCACCAUCCUCAGCAAGGCCACCGAGUAUAUCACCCACCUCGAGAAGAAGAACGGGCAGCUGUGGAAGGAGAACCAGGACCUCGAGAAGAGGCUCGCCGAGGCGCAGCGAUGGCAGAGGGCGCGGGCCGAGGCCGGGCCGUUCUGUUCGUGAGUUGUCCUUGCAUCACGUAAUCUUUACACGGCGAUGGGGGCGGAGAGUUGGAGAAGAAAACCCCGGGGGAAGACGAGACACAAAAAUAUACCAUAGAUGUGUGUCCGAGACUGCCCUGU